UAAGUGGGGUGACAGCUUGGGUCAGCCAGAGAGUUCAGGCCACCCCGGCCGGACGCCUGCCACUCACUGCCGCUGUACCGCUGCCAUGGCGCGCUCCGGGAGUGCCACGCCACCUGCCCAGGCUCCAGGAGCCCCUCCACGGAGCCCACCCCAGGGGCUGGUACAGGAUGUCAGUGGGCCCCUGAGGGAGCUGCGGCCUCGGCUCUGCCACCUGCGAAAGGGACCUCAGGGCUAUGGGUUCAACCUGCACAGUGACAAGUCCCGGCCCGGCCAGUACAUCCGCUCGGUGGACCUGGGCUCACCUGCCGCCCGCUCUGGCCUCCGCGCCCAGGACCGGCUUAUUGAGGUGAACGGGCAGAAUGUGGAGGGGCUGCGCCACGCUGAGGUGGUGGCCAGCAUCAAGGCACGGGAGGAUGAGGCCCGGCUGCUGGUGGUGGACCCCGAGACAGAUGAGCACUUCAAGCGGCUUCGGGUCACACCCACCGAGGAGCAUGUGGAAGGUCCUCUGCCAUCACCCGUGACCAACGGAACCAGCCCUGUCCAGCUCAAUGGUGGCUCUGCGUGCUCGUCCCGAAGUGACCUUCCUGGUUCUGACAAGGACACUGAGGAUGGCGGUGCCUGGAAGCGAGACCCCUUCCAGGAGAGCGGCCUCCACCUGAGCCCCACAGCGGCCGAGGCCAAGGAGAAGGCUCGAGCCACGCGAGUCAACAAGCGCGCGCCGCAGAUGGACUGGAACAGGAAGCGCGAAAUCUUCAGCAACUUCUGAGCCCCUUCCUGCCUGUCUCGGGGCCCUGGGACCCCUCCUGCACGGACCUUGGGCCUCAGCCUGCCCCGAGCUCCCCAAGCCUCAGUGGACUGGAGGGUGGUCCUGCCACUGCCCAGAAAUCAGCCCCAGCCCCGUGAGCCCCCGUCCUGCCCCUGCCUGCCAGGUACUGGGGGCCUGUGGCAGCAGGAUGUGGGGAGAGAGACCCAGAGAUGUGAGAGAGAGGCAGAGACAGAGACACAGAGCGAGAGAGAGCGAGCGAGAGAGAGAGCGAGCGAGAGAGAGACAGAGCGGCGGCAGCACGGGGUGAGGGCCUUUGCUGCUCUGCCGGGGCCUGCUGACUGAAAGGAAUUUGUGUUUUUGCUUUUUUCCAAAAAGAUCUCCAGCUCCACACAUGUUUCCACUUAAUACCAGAGCCCCCCCCCCCCCGACUUCCCCUCCCCCUUGGGACACGCUCUAAAUAAUUGCAAUAAAACAAACCUUUCUCUGCAAACCAUUUCCUCCCCGCCCCCUCCCCUCAGCAGCAGCCGUCCCGAGUGGGAGUCCCUGGGACUUCCCAGUGGCCGAGCUGGGGCGCCCAGCCUGUUUGUGGGGACCUCGGGUAAGGCCAGGGAGGCCUGAUGUGGCCGUAGGAGCUGCCCCUCCCCAACCCGCCCUGGUGUGGGGGGUCCCUAGGCCAGGCCCUGCUCCCCACCCAGCUACCCUGUGCGCCUGUGCCCUGCUGGGGGUCUGAAGUGUAGGGCCUGGGUUCUCCGAGGGGCCCGAGGAUGGAGGCCCCAUGUCCCCGAGGAGGGUGGCCUCUGGACAGGCCCCUCAUUCCGCACGGCAGCUCCCAGGCCUGGGGAACAUAGGUGUGUGAGAGCAGCACCCAGGGACUCCUGGCCUCUGGCUCAGCCCUGCCUGGCAGGCUCCCCCGUGGACACCCUGUUGACUUUGCUCUUCCCUCCCGGGCCCCGCACCCCUGAGCCGACCACUGAUCGACCGGCACCGCUGUUGCCUCGUUAAGCCAUAGCGCAUGCGCGCGCUCAGAAUAAACAGGCCCUGCCUGGGA